AUGAAGGUGAUGCCGUCUCGGUGCCCGGCCAGCUGUCCCACAGGCUGCGGCCGGUCCUCCCUCAGCGUCCUUCGGUCCCACACUUUGCACAGUGCGUCGUCGCUGCCCGAGAACAGCAGCUGUGACGAGCUGUCCGCGAACGCCACCGCAUUCACGUCGUCCUCGUGCGCGUCGAUCUGUCGCGAGCAGGUGAGCGUGUGUGAGAACAGAGACAAUAAGAGAGUGAGACAAUGUGGGCCGUUCAGAGCAGCGGAAUCGUUUAGUUUUUCUGCAGAUGUGCCUGUAAUCCUGAAGUCCUGGUAA